UUCCCAGCUGCAGGUGUCCAUAGCCCACAGCCCUGUCCUGCUAGGGCGCCUGUCAUGGUGUCCCGGGACCAGUCCCACCUGAGCCCCAAGUAUGUGGCCCUCUGGGAUUUUGAGGCCCGGACAGAUGAGGAGCUGAGCUUCCGGCAGGGGGACCUCUUCCGUGUGACCAGGAAGGAGGCACAAUGGUGGUGGGCCGCCCUGCUGGACUCUGCAGGUGGGGCCCUGACCGAAGGCUAUGUGCCCUGCAACUACCUGGCAGAGGAGAAGGCCAUGGAGUCUGAGCCGUGGUACUUUGGCCACAUCUCCCGCUCAGAGGCUGUGCACCAGCUGCAGGCGGAGGGCAACCCCACUGGCGCCUUCCUGAUCCGCGUCAGCGGGAAGCUGGGAGCAGACUACGUCCUCUCUGUGCGGGAUGCUCAGGCCGUGCGACACUACAGGAUCUGGCGGCGCUCUGGCCGGCUGCACUUGAAUGAGGCAGUGUCCUUUCCCAGUCUGCCUGAGCUCCUGGACUACCACAAGAUCCAGAGCCUGUCCCAUGGCCUGCGGCUGACCGUGCCCUGCUGGAAGCAUGAGUCAGAGCCCCUGCCCCACUGGGCCAACUGGGAGAGACCGAAGGAGGAGUUCACGCUCUGCCGGAAGCUGGGCGCUGGCUAUUUCGGGGAGGUCUUUGAAGGGCGCUGGAAAGACCAGGUUCGAGUGGCCAUUAAGGUGAUUUCCCGAGACAAUCUCCUGCACCAGAACACCUUCCAGCGGGAGAUCCAGGCCAUGAAGAAGCUGCGGCACAGACACAUCCUGGCGCUGUAUGCUGUGGCGUCUCUGGGGGACCCCGUCUACAUCAUCACGGAGCUCAUGCCCAAGGGGAGCCUGCUGGAGCUGCUGCGGGACUCUGACAGGCAAGCCCUGCCGGUUUCGGAGCUGGUGGACCUUGCGUCCCAGGUGGCAGAGGGCAUGUGCUACCUGGAAUCACAGAGCUACGUUCACCGGGACCUGGCUGCCAGGAACAUCCUUGUGGGGGAGAACAAUAUCUGCAAAGUGGGGGACUUUGGGCUAGCAAGACUCAUCAAGGAGGACAUCUACCUUUCCCAUGACCACAGCAUCCCCUACAAGUGGACAGCCCCUGAGGCACUCUCCCUAGGGCAUUACUCCAUCAAAUCCGAUAUCUGGUCCUUCGGGAUCCUCCUCCAUGAGAUUUUCAGCAGGGGUCAGACACCCUACCCAGGCAUGUCCAACCACGAAGCCUUCCUGAGGGUGGACGCUGGCUACCGCAUGCCCUGCCCCCUGGAGUGCCCACCUCCCGUGUAUAGGCUGAUGUGCUCCUGCUGGAGCAAGGACCCGGAAGGGAGGCCUUGCUUCCAAGCCCUGUGGGAGAAACUCGCUGGCUUCACCAGGUACGAGAACCCACUCUGAGACGCCUGGGGGCGGCCUGGUCAGGCCCGGCUGUCCUGGACCUCGACUGAGGACAAGUGUGUCCUUUGGCUUACUGACAUGAUGGUGGACAUGGCAAACAGCAUGUGGGGACCUGAGGGAGCACAGAAGCAGCUGCAGGAAGCAGCCUGCACACUGCCCAACACUCUCACAGCUGUCUCCCCGCCACCAACCUCCCGGCAACAGCCUCUGGCCACAGGUGAACAUGACCAGCACUUCUCAAGAAAAGCAUCCUCUUGCCUUUGAAAGCUUUCUACGCAGUCUCUUCUAAAACCUUAGUCUUCUUGAAACAAACUUCAGGGACCUGACCAUUGAAAUAAGAAAAAAAAGAACAUCUGGAAAUUUGGAAACUGGAGAUGAAGUCUGAGAAGUCUUUCCCAAAAAGAGCAGCACAGAGCUUUAUCCAGUCCGGGCAAUUGGAACUUCUUGGUUUUGUUUUGUUUUGUUUAUUUGUUUGUUUUGGUACUGGGGAUUAAACUCAGGGCACUGACCACUUAGCCACAUCCCCAGCCCCAUUUUGUAUUUUAUUUAGAGACUGGGUCUGAGUAGCUUAGUGCCUUGCUUUUUGCUGAGGCUGGCUUUGAACUUGGGAUUCUCCUGUCUCAGCCUCCAAGUCGCCGGGAUUACAGGCGUGCGCCACCACACUUGGCUGGAACCUUGUUUUUGACAAAAACACAAGCGGAGAAAACGCACUGAGUUUGUUUGAGUCAGUGACAUUCUGAAAGGAGAGCCUGGGUGUGGCUCCCCAGAUGUGAGUGGCACUCCCCUCCAGAAGGUGUCCCCAACACUGGUGUACAAAACCCAGGGAGUUCUACCCAGAUCUUAGAGAUACAUGAGUGUUCACAUCAGUAUUCUCAAACUCAAAUUAUCCAAUUUUUUUUUUUUGUACCAAGGAUUGAACUCAGGGGUGCUUAACCACUGAGCCACAUCCUCAGUCCUUUUUAUUUUGAGACAGGAUCUUGCUAAGUUGCUGAGGCUGGCUUUGAACUUGUGAUCCUCUUGCCUCAGUUCAGUGGUUAAGUGAAAGAAGAAAAAUGUGAUUCUAAGCUGAAGUGAAGCUAGAUACCUAACACCUGGGUGGUUCCCACAGAACACCAGCACACUGUGUCCACGGCAAGCCUGCACUGGAGCUCACGCUCGGUGCCGGGGUCUCACUCAGGAGGUGGGCAGCUGAAUGCAGGCGGGCACAGCUGUGCUGAGGAAGAACCGGGCCCUCCUAGGGUGCUGGUGGCACAGCUCGGUGACUUCCUGGUUUCCCCGAGAAACUAGGGUUUCUGAGUGUAAAAUUAGUUUACGUGCAAUUGAAACCCUUAGAGGGCUGUGGCUGUGGCUCAGUGGUGAGCGCGUGCCUGGCUCCUGAGGCACUGGGUUCCAUCCUCAGUGCCACAUAAAAAUAACCAAAAUAAAGGUAUGGUGUCCAUCUACAACUAAAAGAAAGUAUUUUAAAAAACCAUUAGAAAUAAUAAGGUAAGCAGUCCUGCAUUCAGCGUACAAGAGGAAAGUACGCUGUUCUUUGACAGAAACUGUAAGGCGUGAGGGCACCGACCGAGGGAGAAGGGAGCCAUCAGCUCGCCCUGAAGCAGAGGGUCUGGCUGUCACAGUGGGUAUUCACACACACAAAGCAUCUGUGGAAACAGACCCUCCCCUCCUGUGACCAAAGCUCACUAGGCGGGGAUGACGUAUUUGUAAGGCUCUUUGAAAAGUCAGCUUCAGGGUUAAGAACACACUGGGGUGCAGCUGGAACUGGCUCUGUGAAAGGCCCUACCUUAUCCUUUGGUAAUGAGCCGAGGAGACAGGACUUUGUUUAAACAUAACUUCUUGGGCUUCAUUGUCUUUCACUAAGUCUUUGUUGCUGAAAAGCAUCUUCUCACUAUCAAAAGGGCCAAGUUUUACUCACAAUUACGUGACCUAAAUUUGCCUUUAAAAAUUACUGUAAAUUUGAUUAAAUCAAUUACCAAAACUUUUGGCAUGUUUACUUCUAAAAUCAAAUUCUAAAUUUGACCUUGAACUAACUUUGGAGUUUCCAGAAUGGCCCCUGGACUCUCUCAAAAGAAUGUCUUUCAGCUGGACACCAGUGACCCAGGAGGCUGAGGUUGGAGGAUUGCAAAUUCAAGGUCAGCCUCAGCAACUUAGCAAGGCCUUAGGCAACUCAGUGAGACUCUAAAUAAAAUAUGAAAAAGGGCUGGAGA